AUGAGGGAGACCCACUACGCCGCCGGCCUGAGAACCACUGGCACAAGCACCUCCCAUGCGGCGACGACGCCACACCACGUAGGACCACCAACCUCACCGCCGGCAGGAGCCGAAGCCCGCCGCAACGAGCAACCGACAACAACCUGCAGAUCACCACCCGCAGAGGAAGAAGCAGGGGAGAGGGGCCGCCACCCCGCUCACCCUCGCCGGACAGCAGCCGUGAGCCGCCGUCGACGCUGCCACAUCUGGGAGGAGCCGGAGCUCCGCCCGCCGCCGCGCUGCUUCGAACCACCGGGGGUGCAGAUGGGGCGCCGAGCCAGGCCGCCGACCGACGACCCGGAGCAAGCCCGGGCAGGCCCGCAGGAGCCCAUCCGGGCCCGGAGACGCGCCGCCAAGCCCCACCGCACCCCGCUGCACCACCUCCCGCCCCGACCUCGACCUGACCACGGACCACCGGCCGCCCGCAGCCCCGCCGGCGCCCAGCCGCCGGCCCACCGCGCCCGCCGCACAUCGCCGCGCCCGGGCGAGCUCCUCCUCGCCAGGGGACGCGGGAGGGGGAGAGAAUGCCACGCCGCCACCUUCCCAGGGGGCGCGCGCGGCUUUGCCGGGCCUCCUCCGGCGGCGGCGAAGCGAGGGAGAGGGGAGGAGGGGCGAGAGGUGGCGGCGGCAGGGUUCAGGGCGGCGCGGGGGGAGAGACGCGGGGAUACAGCUGGGUGGAUGGCAACGCUCCCGUCGACAGCGAGGCGCUUGUGGUGA